AUGGAGACCAUUUCUUCUAAUCACCUUAUCACAUCCCUUGUUAUAAUUCUUGUCUCUAGUUUCACCACACACUCCUCCCAAGUCAUUGAAGGUAGCACAGUGUUCAUUAGAACUUCAUGUAGCUCCACAACUUACCCAAGACUCUGCUUUAGCUCACUAGUAAAGCAUGCAGAGUUAAUUCAAACAAAUCGGGUGCUAUUAACGGGAACAGCCCUCAACGUGACUCUUGUAUCUGCUAAAUCAACCUCAGAUAUGAUGUCAACGCUCUCAAAGAGCCAUGGGCUGAAGCCAAGAGAGGUUGCGGCAAUGAAGGACUGUGUGGAAGAGCUGAGUGAUUCUGUGGAUGAACUUCGAAGGUCAAUUUAUGAAAUGGGUCAUCUUAGGAAUUCAAAUUUUGAGCUAACAAUGAGUGACGUACAAACUUGGGUUAGUGCUGCUUUGACUGAUGAGAGCACGUGCACCGAUGGAUUCCAAGAUAUUGCUUCUACGGAUGAUGAUGGGGAUAUUAAGAGCACAGUGAGAGGUCGAAUUGUGCAGGUAGCCCAAUUGACUAGCAAUGCUUUGGCUUUGAUAAAUCAGCUAGCUAAUUCCCAUGGCUAA